AAUAUCUUCAACCCUCAAUUGACGACGAACAUUGUACACUCCUCACCUCCAACAAACCGUGAACAUGGCAGACAAACCAACAAGACGCCUGACCAGGCCAGCUCUAUUCAUCUGCGACAUCCAAGAGAAAUUCCGCCCCGCGAUAUGGAACUACGAUAAAGUAAUCCUCACGACCCAAAAAAUGAUCAAAGCGGCCACCAUCCUUAACAUCCCCAUCUACGCCACCACGCAAAACCGCGCCCGCCUCGGCGAAACCUGCUCCGAGCUCCCCCUCUCCAGCGCCGUCGCACACGUCGACAAGACCCGCUUCAGCAUGUGGAUCCCCUCCAUCACCACUCACUUCUCGUCGUUCACCCCGGCCGAGAUCGUCAUCGUGGGCAUCGAGUCGCAUAUCUGCGUCACGCAAACAGCGCUGGAUGCCGUGCGGGCGGGGCAUAAGGUGUAUGUGUUGGCGGAUGGGGUGAGUAGUGUGAAUCGGGAAGAGGUGCCGGUUGCGUUGGAGAGGUUGAGGGGGGAGGGGGUCACGGUUACGACGAGUGAGAGUUGGGUUUAUGAGUGUAUGGGGGAUGCGGGGAUUGAGGAGUUUAGGCAGGUGGCGGGGUUGGUGAAGGAGAGUUCGGGGGGGACGAAGGAGGUUCUUGGGGCUUUGUUGAGUAAGAUUUAGGGUGGUGGGUACCUAGGUGAGGUACAGCGGCAUUUACAGAGGGACUGGUGUAUAGAGACUUUGAGUGCCAUUGAAUGAACAUUGGACAUGUGAUGUAGUGUCAUGAUAACAUGCUACAGCCAAAUCACAAGAACAAAGAUUGUAAGAACGUCUCUCGAGCGAUGGCUUGUUCAAG